UCUCUAUGCAAGGAGGGAAAAAAAUACAGCCAAAAGAACAACAUUAGCCUCCUCCAUGCUUUUAGCUCUGCCGCCAGUGUAGCAGCCAGCCAGCCUCCACCCCUCUGUCAUUUUAUUUUUAUGUUUUUCAGCGUCACAUCCCCCUGGCCGGAGGAAUGUAGAGACGGAGUGCUUUAAAAAUAGCAUCCUCUCCUCUGACAGCGCUGCUCCGGUGGCUCCGCUGCACUGUGGUGCGAGAAGCAGGAAUGCGAAGAUGGCUGCAGACCUCGGAGAGCUGCUGGUCCCAUACAUGCCCACCAUCAGAGUGCCCAGGACUGGAGACAGGGUUUUCAAGAGCGAGUGCGCCUUUUCCUUCGACUCUCCCGAGUCAGAGGGAGGCCUGUAUGUGUGUAUGAACACAUUCCUGGGCUUCGGACGGGAACAUGUGGAGAGACAUUAUCGCAAAACAGGACAGAGCGUUUACAUGCACCUCAAACGACAUGUCAAAGAGAAAGCCACAGGAGCUGCAGGAGGCGCCAUCCCCAGACGAAGAAAUGGAAAAGUGUUUCUAGAUUUAGAGCUAAACCGUGAUUUUAACGGUGAGGACUAUGAAUAUGAAGACGAGGCCAAGCUCGUCAUUUUUCCAGACCACUUCGAGAUCCCCUUACCAAAUAUUGAGGAGUUACCCGCUCUGGUGACCAUCGCCUGUGACGCAGUGCUCAACGCACCAUCAGCCUACAAGAAGCAGGAGCCUGAAUCCUGGGAGGAGGAGAUCCAGGUGUCCAGACAUGCCAGGAGCCUCAGACAGCUGGAUAAUGGGGUCAGGAUCCCACCCAGUGGCUGGAAGUGUCAGAAGUGCGAGAUGAGAGAAAACCUGUGGAUGAACCUGACAGAUGGAGCCGUGUACUGUGGGAAGUGGUUCUUUGAUGGGAGUGGAGGAAACGGUCACGCUCUGGAGCACUACAAAGAGACCAAAUACCCCUUGGCUGUCAAACUGGACACCAUCACUCCAGACGGAGCAGAUGUCUACUCAUUUGAGGAGGAGGAGGCUGUGUUGGACCCCCACAUAUCAGAUCACUUGUCACACUUUGGAAUAGACAUGCUACAGAUGCAGAAAAGAACAGAGAAUGGCCACCACACAGACAAUAAUGCCCGGCCGCGGGUCAGUGAAUGGGAGGUGAUCCAGGAGUCGGGCAUGAAGCUGAAAGCGGUGUUUGGCUCUGGUUACACAGGCAUCAAAAACCUGGGCAACAGCUGCUACUUCGGCACAGUGAUGCAGGUCCUCUUCAGCAUCCCUGACUUCCAGAGGAUGUAUGUGGGUAAUCUUCAGAGGAUAUUUGACUAUUCACCUCUCGACCCCAGCCAGGACUUCGCCACACAAAUGGCUAAAGUGGGACACGGACUCCUCUCAGGCCAGUACUCCAAACCACCCAUGAAAUCUGAGCUCAUUGAACAGGUGAUGAAAGAAGAAUACAAGGUAUUAAACUGGCACCAGCAGAGGGGCGUCUCUCCCCGGAUGUUGAAGGCCCUGGUCAGCAGGGGACACCCAGAGUUUUCCUCCAACAGACAACAAGACGCCCACGAGUUCCUCCUGCACAUGAUUAAUUUGGUGGAGAGGAACAGCGCAGGCUCGGAGAACCCAAGCGACGUCUUCCGCUUCCUGGUGGAGGAGCGAGUUCAGUGCUGUCAGACACGCCGGGUUCGUUACACUCAGCGGGUGGACUACUGCAUCCAGCUGCCAGCUCCCAUCGAGGCGGCCACCAAUCGAGAGGAGCUGCUGGCGUACGAGGCCAAGCGGAGGGAUGCUGAGGAGAACAUGCGGGCUCCCCCUGAGCCGGUCAGAGCACGGAUCCCCUUCACAGCCUGCCUGCAGGCCUUCACAGAGCCGGAGAACGUCCCAGACUUCUGGAGCUCAGCGCUGCAGGCCAAGUCAGCCGGAGUCAAGACCUCCCGUUUUGCCUCCUUCCCAGAGUAUCUGAUUGUGCAGAUCAAGAAAUUCACUUUUGGGGUCGACUGGGUGCCGAAGAAGCUAGAUUUGGCCAUAGAUGUUCCAGACUUCUUGGAUCUGAGCAGGCUGAGAGCCUCGGGGCUGCAGGCGAGUGAAGAGGAGCUGCCUGACCUUAUGCCUCCCAUCGUGCUACCGGAAGACACCAGAGAUAACUCCAUGGGCUCCUCAGACUCUCCAGAAAUAGACGAGGCGGCAGUAAUGCAGCUGGCGGAGAUGGGCUUUCCGCUGGAGGCCUGCAGGAAGGCGGUCUACUACACAGGCAACAUGGGCCCUGAGAUGGCCUUCAACUGGAUCAUAGCCCACAUGGAGGAGCCGGACUUUGCAGAACCUCUCACUCUGCCCUCCAUGAUGGAUCCCGGUCCCUCCACCAGCGAUAGCCCCAUGGGUGCCACCCUGCUGGCCAACUCGCCUCCUGAGGAGAGCAUCGCCAUCCUCACUUCAAUGGGCUUCCCCCGCGCUCACAGCAUCCAGGCACUCAAAGCCACGAACAAUAACCUCGAACGAGCACUCGACUGGAUCUUCACCCACCCGGAGGAGGAAGAGAGCGACGCCCUUUCAGACAUGGCUGACACGGAGCCCAACGACAACGCUUUCUCCAACGCCAACUCACACAGCGACUCCACGCUGUCCCCAGACAGAGACACGUCGGGCCCGCGGGUCAAAGACGGACCGGGACGUUAUGAGCUCUUUGCUUUCAUCAGUCACAUGGGAGCAUCCACAAUGUCUGGACAUUAUAUUUGUCACAUCAAAAAGGAGGGAAGGUGGGUGAUCUACAACGACCACAAAGUGUGUUUGUCAGAAAGGCCUCCAAAAGACUUGGGCUACAUCUACUUUUACCAUCGACUGUCGAGCAGUUAAACUGAAGUGACCGCCCCCUCCUCCACCGUACAACCUUUUAAAGAACCGCAGUCUUUCCCCCCCGAAGACUGGCAGACAACUAUAAUAACAGCCACAGUGAAAACGAUGGAAAUAACCUCUCAGACCAGCUGCUCGCCUUACUGUGAUGUCAUUCAGGAGCAAACCAGGAAAACUGGUCAGAGAAGGAAAGCAAUGUGCUUUUUGUGCAUUUGUGUUUCGUUAUGCUUUAAAUGUAUAUUUCAGUGUUUGUGUUUAAGAAAAGACAUUUUCUUGACAGUGCAGGUGCAGAGGGACGUGUGCAAUUUCCCCUUCUGUACACAAAAUAAUGUCACAUAUCAAAUCUCACUGUUCCUCCUCUAUGCCUUCAGCUGCUGUGCCAGUAUUUUCAAUGGGGUACAUUUUAUAAAUGUAUAUUGAAAUGGCUUCACUGCCAGCCCUGAGAUGCUCUGAAACUGCAACAAGAAAUUACUGUGCUGCUGGUGGGUUUUAUAUUUUGCUCUCAGAUACAAAAGAAUGUUUUUCAUCCCCUGGAAAUUGAAAUAACAUUAAGAAUUAAAAUGUUUUGGUUGGACACAAAGAGAAAUCACCGACAUACUGUAUGUUCAGACUGAAGGAGAGCACCAAGAAGGCUGUGAACAGGUGUUAACUCGACUGUAGUUAAAAAUACAGUAUUACAGGUUGAGUAAUGGCUCAGACCUGCUUUAGUUCCACCUGGAGAUGAAGUUUGUCCCUUUUAAUGAGAAACACUCUGAGGUGAACAGGCUGAGUUUUCAAGAUAGAAGUAUUUUCCUUCCCUGAAAGCACUUUGACAAAAACAAGUUCAUAUGUUGCAGCUGAAGCAGUUAAAGUGGACUUUUAUUCACCAGCUAUAAGCAACUGAAUGUGAUAUCUUAAAAUUCAACUUCAGUGCUGCUGAGCCCUUGACGUGGCCCUAAGUCUAUGAAGAGACGUCACUAUUGCAUAUAAUUAAUGCCUAAUAUAAGCAAAGCAGUGCUUAUUCCAAGAUAUCAAAUCAGAAGUGCGUGAACUUCUUUCAUUCAUACGCCCAAAUUCCAAGAUAGUUCCAUAGUCUGCAGCUGCCAGCUGCAGCCGGUCCAGUUUGUUUCCUUUAUCACUCUGACAGAUUGAGACUGUGACCCAAAAGUUAAAAUGAAUGUUUCCGCCUCACCUGUUGCCACAUUUUACAGGUCAGUUAACUCAUGUAUGCAUCCGAACUGUUUUCACGUCUAAAGCAAUAUAUGCAACUACAACCAAAUCUACUCUUAAACCUGCUGUAUGAUCAAAGCUGUAAGGUGACCUAAUAACAGACUGUGGUGCAGUGCUGAAUGUAAAACUUCAUGGUGCUCACUGCAACCAAAACCUCCUGUUCAGCUUCAACACAAAAACCACAGUGAACGUAGAACUGGCCCUUUGCUGUUGAGUCACUAUGAAUAACCUCAUGCUGGAUUAUAAUCCGCAGACUCUGUACUCUUCUCAUUUAUCUACUCGGUGUGUUCAUAAUGUGCCGGACAGAUUCAGUGUAGAUAUUAUGUGGUUGUUUGUCAAAUAUUGGUGAAUCAGCAGCCUCUGAUAGAGUCUGGUCAGUGGCACAAUACGUAAUUCCAGUUUGUUGACCUUGGCAAGCGGCACAACUGUCUUUCACUCCGUUGUGCACUUCUGGGUGCAUAUUUUAAAGGGGAGCGCUGCUGUAUUACAUAUUUAGAUGAUUUAGAGUCAUUACCUCUCAUAUUCAAGGAGAGGACAAUCCUUUGACAAUAAUAAUUGAAAGAACAAAAGGAGAGUAUUUUACUGCAUAUCUGAUGAACAUCAAAAACUGUGGAUCAGUCAGGUAAUGCUUUUCUCAAAUGAACUCUGGACAUUGUCUGGAGAUUUAUGUCCGGGCAUGAUCCGGAGUUUCUCUUUCACACAUGUUGCACCCAGCAGGAGAUUGUGUCAGAUAUUUUACCCUCUGGAAAUACUCCGUUUGGUUCAGACCAGUGGUUCCCAACUGCUGAGUCAAGGUCCAACAGUGGGUCGAUAGUCCAUUCUGAGUGGACCGCAAGCAACUUUCAAACGUGUCAACUUUGUAAAAAACCCACCGAAAGGGGGAUUUAUACUGGGCGGCAGACCCUACGCUGUAGCCUGUGCACGUGGCCUAUGCAACCAUUUAUGAGAUGUCUGUGUCACUCUGCAGAUACACCUCUAAAACACUAGUCAGUGGCGGGAAUUCUGUGAAAUGCUGUAAAGUUUAGUUGAUUUAAAACACACAUUAAACAUGGCUUAAUAGAGACUAUUUCAAACACAAGUACACAAAUCAGCUUCACUAUAACUCACAACAUUCACACACAUGUGUCUUUUGCUGGACACAUUUUCCCCACAAAUAUAACAUGCUAAUGUUUUUAGCACAAUCCUAUGGCAUUUUACAUUGUACAAAUUAGCCUAGUGGCUAGCGGACUUCUCUCUUCUCAUAUAAAACCAGGGACAACAGCAACAUGUAACAAAGGUAACUAUAAAAUUACAACUCAUGAGGUUCACCGACAAAACAACUGUCUUAUACUAAACAUGUUUUCCACACAAAUAAAACAUGCUAACAUUACAAGCACAAGCCUAUGGCAUUUUACAUUGUAUAAAUUAGCCUAGCAAUGAGCGGAGAUUACCUCUGCUCAUAUGAAGCCAGGAUAAAUCACACACAAGACUUAAAAUGCUAUUUUUGUGGAGGCUUUAUUGUCUUCACAUUUUAUUGUUUCUUAACUGUGAAAUUAAAGUAAAUAAGUUUCCACUGAGGGAAAUGGUUUCAGUUUACAAAAAUAGACAGGAGGUCUGCGUUGCUGCGACGUGUAGUUACGUAUCUGGGGAGGUGCACGUCAGGCUUUGGCGUAGGGUACACCGUAGGCUCUCCAUAGAUGCAGUCUGCAGCGUAGGUAGGGUGUUGAUUCGACGCAGAAGUACAAGUUCCGCCUUAUAUUGAAGUACAGUGAAUUUCCAGCACAGAGCUUUAAAUUUGAAGUGCUGUUUCCUGCUGUAGAGUGAGUUUCUAACGAACAGCUACUUCAGAGACAUCAAAUUAGCUCAAGGACAUGUCCAAAUGCAAGUUUGACACUGAAUAUAUUAAACUGUGUGGACCUCAAACUGAUGACUUAGGAGAAUUCUGGACCCUGUGGCUGGACCAGUUGGGAACCACUGGUUUAGGCGAGGGAUGGUGCCUGGGUAGAGUGGUACAGGAGGUAGGACAUAACAUGGAUUACACCGCAGUCACAUAGCCUGUUGGUAAUUUGGUCAUAAACAAGUAUUUUGCUGAUUUCGGCUAAGGCCCUCACUGAGAGAAGUUCUUGAAUCUCGUCAAUUUUCCAGAUAUUUUUGUUGCCAUUGUUGGUUUUUCACGAGCUGGCAUGAUGGAAACGUCAUCCACAUGCCCUCUUGCUCGUGCUGAAUUCUCCAGACGAUUCCCUACUCUAUUCACGCAUGGGCUCAGUUGGACAUCACACAGACUUCUAGGGAGCUGAUAGUAUAAAGUCUGUUUAUUGUACGAUCCAACUGAUUCAGACCUUUGCGUUCUUGCAUACAGUAGAGCUCAUUCAGGUCAUGUGUAGAUAAUUUCAGGUUUGCAGUGCAUGUGUGAAAGGUCAUAGGUGCCAUAGGAGUGUGUUUCCUUGAAGGUUAAUAUCUUUACAGACACAUAAAAUCUUUAGAUGAAUAUCCAUGUUACAGAAUAAAUCUGUAUUUCAGCAGUGCCCCCCUUUAACAACACUGUGCCUAGACUUCCCUGAGCAAAACUUCGGUUUUAUCAUAUCUCGACCUCUCAUCUUCAUCAGAUACUACUUGAUAAGCUGCUGCAGUGUGCGUGGUCUAUGCAGCGGGGAAUUCUCAAAGGUCUCUCUAUGCAAGUCUUGUGUUUCUGCCGUUCUUCCCAUGAAAAGUGAUUUUGUCAGAAACCAAAUGUGUCCUGUCAAACCCUGGUCUGUAAUCACUGUCUCUGCUCUUCAUCGUCAGUGGGCGGGUCAUAAACUUGUCGUCUUGCUUAAUAAUGUUUAGUCAUAAAUGUCUUCAGGUACUCUGUGCAAUUAAUUUUAUUUCUCAGCACCUUUUGUCCCCCCGCACCCCUCCCAUCCUCCUGAUCACUUUAUCGUCUUUUUGUUCCAGCUUUCCCUCCAGCUCGGUCUCUUCCAUUCUUUUUCCUCCACGUUAUUAAAACGUUACGGUUCAAUUUGUCACAAAAAGGCUUUUUCACUGUCAGCAUGUGCACUAGACGUUGACAUUUAGUCAUUUGGAUUGUACAAGUGUACUUUUGUGAGUUGUAUUCUCUUUUUUCAUUUAACUAAAUGUCAAAAAAAAAAAAAGGUUCUUCACCUGUUUUUACUCUGUUGCCUUUUUGCAAACAAGUUUGUGCCAAUUCUGUAGUUUUCAUUACCUAGAUUUCCUGAAGGGAAUAUUUUAAGUUGACUUUUGUAAUGUAUGCGUUUAUCCAAAUGUGGCUUAGGUGUAUGUGAAUAGAGUCAUGACAGUAUACUCAGUGGCACUGUUUACUUACGAUGUUUGGAUAAUUUAAUAAACUCCACCUUUGUUGAGACUUGGCCUCUUUACGAAAGAAC